AUGGACACUGUCCACUCAGAUUCCAAGGUCUUUGAGCCUGAAGCUCAUCCUAAGGAUGAGUUGGCAAUUAAUGUUGGUGGCCGUGGUAGUACGCAGCGUCGUCUGCGAAACUAUCAAAUUACAAUGAUCGGAUUCUCCAGUGGCAUUGGAACUGGUCUGUUCGUAGGAACUGGCUCUGCAUAUGCUAAAGCUGGCCCAGCUGGAUUGUUGUUGGCAUAUAUCAUUGUUGGAAUAAUAUUGUGGUGUGUUAUGCAGAGUAUCGCUGAAUUAGCGACUUUAUUACCCACUGCAGGUUCAUUUCCCCACUGGGGUACUCGGUUUAUUGACCCUGCAGUCGGUUUCUCACUUGCCCUAUCAUACGGUUACUGCUAUACUAUAGCCAUCGCCUCGGAAACUUCCGCCGCUGCAGUCGUCGUAUCCUAUUGGACAACUUUAACACCGGCCGUGGUAAUCACGGUUAGCUUGGUAUUAAUAUUGGCCAUCAAUUUGAUGAAUGUACGAUUCUACGGUGAAACAGAAGUCAUUGGAGGUGCUGUCAAAAUUCUCUGCUUCUUGGGACUGGUUGUUGCUUCUAUUGUUAUCACAGCUGGCGGUGGUCCGAACCACGAGACGAUCGGCUUCCGAUAUUGGCACAACCCAGGCCCUUGGACAAAUUACAAUGGAAUAACUGGUCCGACAGGCCACUUCCUUGGCUUUCUGUCUUCCUUCGUCAACGCCUCAUUCAGCUUCAUUGGCGUGGAGACAGUUGUUAUCGCAGCAGCCGAAUCAGUGGAUCCUCAUCGAGCUAUUCCCAAGGCUGCCCGCCGCGUCACCUACCGCAUAGCCUUCUUCUACAUCCUCGGUGCGCUGCUCAUUGGUAUUAUCGUGAAUCCUAAAAAUUCCCUCCUCGUAUCAGGCAGUGGCAACGCAAAUAGUUCGCCAUUUGUCAUUGCCAUCAAGGAGGCUGGUAUCUCGGGUCUUCCAUCCCUCGUGAACGCUUGUAUCCUUGUCGCUGCUUGGUCAGCUGGCAAUUCAUAUUGUUGGGUUGGAUCACGAAUGAUAGUCGCUAUGACAACUGAUCACCAACUACCCCAAGUCUUUGGUCGUGUGAAUAAGCAAGGCGUACCAUAUGUAGCCGUGAUUACCGCCUGGCUAUUUGGACCUUUGGCCUACCUGAGUCUCGGAAAGGGCGGUGCAUCCCAGGCGUUCGCUUGGCUUCAAAAUCUGAGCACAGUUGCUGGUCUGAUUGCCUGGGCCACUCUAUGCCUCUGUUAUAUUCGGUUCUAUGCCGCUAUGAAGGCACAGGGGAUUUCCAGGGACACCUUGCCUUGGAACUCACCAUUCCAACCUUACACCGCCUGGGUUGGCUUCAUUGGCUCUAUCAUCAUUACUCUCGUCGCUGGUUUCUCCGUCUUUCUCAAAGGUAACUGGAAUACAUCCAGCUUUGUCGCAUCUUAUAUUGGCAUUCCCAUUUUCAUCGUUCCUAUCUUUGGCUGGAAGCUUUGGCACCGCACCAAGUUCCAACGUGCCGCUACUAUUGACUUGUGGUCUGGCCGUCUUCAAGAAGGAGAGAUCCCCCCAAGAAAGGAACAUCCAAAUACUUUCUGGAGACGUUUCGUCGACUGGCUCGCAUAA